AAAGAAAUCCAUAAAAAUGGCCUCCAACUCCAACCGCCUCCCACAAGCCACCAGCGGCGGCGCCUCCGCCGAGCCCACGCCCGCCAACAACGCCGGCGGCGGCAGCGGCUGGGGCGACUCGGGCCACCCGAAGGGCGGGGUUUCCAGCGAUGUCCUCACAGCCCCGGAGUUCCGCGACAUCAGCGACCAGAAGUCGGCGGCGGAGCGCAAGUUCCUGGGCCGGUUCGACGAGGGCCACGGCGAGCAGGAGGGGACGUGCGCGACCGAGGACCACAGCUUCAUGGCGCGGAAGCCCGGCGGGGCCGGGACGCUGCCGGGCUGGGAGACGAUGAAGGAUAAGUUGGGUUUUCUCUAUCCGGAGUGAACCUUUCUCUUAGCAGGGGGGUAGGGGGGGUUGUACAAGGCUUCCUUGGUUUUGGUCCAGUGGGGGUGGAGUUAUUUCUGUGGCUUUUCUGGGUU